UAUUAAUCAACAGAGAGAAGAGCGUUAAGAAAUGACAAGCUUCGCAGUUGUUGCAAGACUCAUCACAAGAGCUCCAAGAGCUCGUGCUUCCAUCCCUACAAGACUCGUCCAUGGGAGUACAAGGAAUGAAGCCUCCGUCUGUGACAAAGCCACAGAGGCUCAGCAAAAGGUGGCCAAGAAGGCAGACGAAGGAGCACAGACGAUCUCAGACGCUGCUGGUAACUUGAAGGAUAAGGCGAAGAACACAGCAGAGGAGGCAUGGGAUAAAGUGAAGGACACUACGGAGAAGAUCAAAGAUACGGUCACCGGAAAAACUGAAGAAACCAAGGAGUCCAUUAAUGCCACUGCCAAGACCGUCGAGAGAAGCAUGAACACCAAGAACCUGAAAUGAUAACAUACUGAACUUUUUUAAAAAUUCCACUAUAUUAAAUAAGAUAUUCUUUACCUAAUGGAGUUUGUUUUGAUCUGUUUACACAUUGGUUUUGUAUUAAGAAAACGUAUUGCUUUAAUAGGAUUAAUUUGAUUGAUUGGUUUUGAUCAUA